ACUGAAAACCAUGCAUGACAGACAACACUAACAAUUCACAUAUACAACCAUGUGCUGUGUGGGUUUACAUGCCAAGGUAGUUUAGGUUUAACACCUCAGUCUACCAUGAAUUCACUCUGCAGGUGGGGGAUACUCCUGAUUAGCUUGUGGAUACAAGUGGGCUUUGUGCCUGGGAUUCAUUGCAAGGAUGGUGUCAGUUAUCUGUCAAGGGAAGAUGUUUUCCUCUUAAAGGAUGAGCCAGAUCCUAAAUGUUUCACACGCACAGAGGAGGAUUUCACCUGCUUCUUUGAGAAUGCAGACAACAGGACUUAUGAUUUACUCUACAAGAUUUCUGGCCGGCAUGGAGAGAAAAGGUGUGAAAUGUCUGUCCAGAGAAACGAAGAGGGAACUUUCCUCCACAUCUGCUCAUUUCCUAAGACAGAUGUUCUCUCAUUUGUGGAAACACACCUUGAAGUGGUGGAGCGCAUCACCAGCAUCAGCCUCUACAGUCGCGAUGUCUCUGUGGAGGACCACUUCCUCCUGGAUCCCCCCUUCAAUGUGUCUUUACACCACAAUGGCCAAGCAGGACAGCUGCAGGUUUCAUGGCAGGCAAAGCUCCCGGAAUACUGGGACGAUAAAGUGAUGUAUAGGAUUCGAUACUCCUCCAAAGGGCUGGGAGAGAUGACAAAAGAGGCAAUGGAGAGGGACACACUAGACUCUCUGGUACCAGGGGAGGAGGUUGAGGUCCAGGUGAUGGUCAAAUGUGCCCUAAAUCCAAAUGAAGGACACUGGAGCAGCUGGUCACACCCUGUGCGAGCCGUGGUUCCCCAGAGUGCAGAUGAUAUUUCGCUUACGUGCUACACCUCUGACCUCCAAAAUAUCACCUGCCAGUGGAAUGGCAGCAGAUAUGGUGAAGGGAAUGAGUACAAGCUUUUCUACAAGAUGGGACCAAGUGAGGCUUUGGGCCGGACAGAGUGGACCGAGUGUUGCGCUGACAAGGACUUAAGUGAACUGUGUCGUUUCCGUGGAGAUGAGUCCAGAAAAGUCAGGGUCAAGCUCAGCAGCACAUCAGCUCCACGCAGCAGGACCUUCUAUACUCAAGAGUUCACUCUCAACAAGAGCAUCAAAACAUCCCCACCAUGUCAUCUGAGAGGAGCUCUGGAGGGAGAAAGGUUGUGUUUGAAAUGGGAAGCUCCUCUUCUGUCUCUGUCGGCUCACCUGCAGUAUGAAGUCGGCUACCAAAUCAGAGGGAGUGAAGCAUGGAUGACUGUAUCUCUAAAGGGUCCUGAGACCAGCACUUGUCUAGAGGUUCAAGCAGGUUGCCGGUACAGUGUUAAAUUAAGAGCUAAACCUAAUGGAUCCAUUUACUCAGGCCGCUGGAGUGACUGGUCAGAUGCACUUACAGGUGACACCCCCACUGACGUAGGCAUAUUGCUCGUGGUCGUGUGUAUCUCCAUCCUGAUGCUGAUAACUGCUAUCAUCUUCAUUUUCCUGUUCUCUACGUACCUUGGUAAGCUCAAGCAGUAUUUCUGGCCGCCGGUGCCCAACCUUGACAAAGUCCUCCAUGGUUUUCUGACAGAGAUCAACGAGCCAAGAUGGCAGAAUCCUCCAAUAACAGCAAAGCAGUGCUAUGAGGAAACCACUUCAUCUGUGGUGGAGAUACUGUCUGAACAUGAGGUUUCAUCAGAGGGCUCCACCCAGCUCCUGUCACCAGAAAGAUUCUGCAGCGGAGAACUGGUCGAUGGAAGCCGUGGGACUGAUAUCUUUCCAGACUACGUGACUCUAAACAAAGACAGUAUCAUUCUUUGCCCCAAAGGAAACACGUAUGUCUAUGAGGACUUUGGAGAGAAAGAAGGCUUGGGGACGAACGAUGAGCUCUUUGAAACAUGUGACAGUUCCUGCAGUGAUGGCUCAGUCUGUAUCCCACCAGGUUUAGGUGGUGAAUUCCUAAACUAUUCCUACUUGUCUCAGGCCAAGCUGGCAGACAAAGUCAACUGCAAGGUUGGUGCUUCAAGGGGGCCAGGUAACCUCUACACUAACUUCCCCUGCAGCUAAAUGUACAAUACAACAAGUGUACUUUGUUUCCAGUGGUGCAGAUCACAUGUAUACACUUUAUUAUUAACCUAAGAAUUUCAGGAUUAAUGCACCAUGUGGCUUAAAAAAAGGCGUGUUACCAUGUAUUCACAGUAUAAUGGGGUUUUCUUUUGAUCAUGGCAUCCUCUCUCUCAACAUUUCAGUCAUUCGUGAUACAGUCUUGGAGCUGAAAUGUUAUGAGUACACCACAAAUUUAGAGAUUAAUUACUUAGAUGUACAAAUCACAUUCAAAAACAAGAAUAUGCCAUUUUUAUGAGAGUUCAAGCUUUAAGUUUUAUAUGCUAUAUUUUGGCAUACUAUAUUAGAUAUUACAUCAGUAAUUGUAUAUAAUGUAUGAGUUUGUCCACAUCAGGGCUGACAGUUUAUCUACACUGCCAUGUCUUCUUAUGUCCACUAGAGUGAACAGUAGACCACGAGAUACUUUGUGAGACCCCACUCAGUGGCUUUGUUGAUCAAUAAGACACACAAUAUUUACCAGGUAGUAUUGUUCUACACUUAGGUUACCUUAGACUAAAAUAUAUAUGUAUAUAUUUGAAGGAGAUUUCAGAGGAAGAUACAUUCAAAUGUUGUGUCAGUUUGAGUUUAAACUUUUUUUUUCUUUUUAAUUUAGCAUGCAAGUGUGACUUCUGCUCAAAUUUGACAUGUCAAUUUUGUAUAUUUUAUUAGCUUUCCAAGUGAUCUGCUGCUGAAAAGCACCAGAAUUUGAUUUGUUCAUUUUUUACAUUGCCUUGCCACUGUUUGUUGUUAUAUGGACUCUUGUCUCAAGCUUUAAAGUCAUUAUGCAUUACAUUAUAACUUGAGGAUUUGUAUUUUUUUCAAUAAAAAUUGAGAAGCUGUUUUU